AUGGGACAGAAGCCCAGCAGCCCGUUGGCGACAUGCCUCAACAACGUCUGUGACGGCCGUUCGUCCUGCGUCGGCUAUCCCAACGAUCCCCUCUUCCAAAUCAACUGGGUGAAGCCGUACAACCUUGACAUAGCCGUCGAACCCAUUGCCGUCACCCGGCCAAAGACUACCGAGGAUGUCGCCGGCUUCGUCAAAUGCGCCGCAGAAAACAACGUCAAGGUCCAGGCCAAAUCGGGAGGCCACUCUUAUGCCAACUUCGGCCUCGGUGGCACUGACGGCGCCCUAGUCAUCGAUCUUGUCAACUUUCAGCACUUUUCGAUGGACACGGAUACCUGGCAAGCAACCAUCGGUGGAGGCCACAGGCUGCACGACGUUACCGAGAAAUUGCACGACAACGGGAAACGCGCCAUGGCCCACGGCACGUGUCCCGGUGUGGGCAUUGGCGGCCAUGCAACUAUCGGCGGUCUCGGUCCCAGCUCACGCAUGUGGGGAAGCUGCCUUGACCACGUCGUUGAGGUCGAAGUUGUCACGGCCGACGGCAAAAUCCAGCGCGCCAGUGACACGCAGAACUCGGAUCUCUUCUUCGCCCUCAAGGGCGCCGGCGCCGGCUUCGGCGUCAUCACCGAGUUUGUCAUGCGGACCCACCCGGAACCCGGUGACAUCGUGCAGUACUCGUAUUCCAUCACCUUCUCCAAGCACCGCGACCUCGCCCCCGUCUUCAAGCAGUGGCAAGACCUCAUCUCUGACCCGGCGCUCGACCGCCGCUUCAGCAGCGAGUUCGUCAUGCAGGAGCUCGGCGUCGCUAUCACGGCUACCUUCUACGGCACCGAAGACGAGUUCAAGGAGACGGGCAUUCCGGACAGGAUCCCCAAGGGCAAGGUCUCGGUUGUCGUCAACGACUGGCUCGGCGACGUGGCACAGAAGGCGCAGGACGCGGCCCUCUGGCUCAGCGAGGUCCAGUCCCCCUUCACGGCCAAGAGUCUCGCCUUCACGCGCGACGACCUCUUGGCCGAGGAUGGCAUCCAGGCUCUGAUGGACUACAUUGACGAGGUCGACCGCGGCACGCUGAUCUGGUUUCUCAUCUUCGACGUGACGGGCGGCGCCAUCAACGAUGUGCCGAUGAACGCCACCGCCUACCGCCACCGCGACAAGAUCAUGUUUUGCCAGGGCUACGGCGUCGGCCUCCCGACGCUGAGCACCAAGACCAAGGAGUUUAUGGCGGGUGUCGCCGAGACGAUCCGCAAGGCCAGUCCGAACGAGCUCAGCACCUAUGCCGGGUACGUUGACCCGACGCUCGAGAACGCGCAGGAGAAGUACUGGGGGGCCAACCUGCCGGCGCUGCAGCGCAUCAAGGCGACAUGGGACCCCGAGGACCUUUUUUCCAACCCGCAGAGCGUGCGGCCCGAUGCGAACGCAAAGGACGCCGAGCCAGCGGCGAGCAGUCCCGGCAGUGGCGGCGGCAACGGUAGCAGCGGUAGCAGCAGCGAUUCCAACGGCAGCGAUCCAAAAGGCGGCGACAGCUAG